ACUUAAAAAUGCUAUUUCUGGAUCAAUGUAAAAGUUUUAUUGGUUUUUUAUUUUAGAAUUGUGAAAUAAAUACGGAGAAUUUAAAAAUAACGAUGCUGUGACAAAUUUCAUGUUAUUAGUAUUGCUGUGAUUAAAUAAAUUUUUAUUAAAUGAUCUUGAUACUGUAUGGAUCCAUAUGACAAUUAUUAUCAUCUGUCGACGAAGAAUGAAGAUCAAAUUCAAGGACUUAUCACUAAUGGAGACCUUGAAAGUUUGGACCAAACUCAAGAAGUCGAUUGGAUUGAAAAAUCAAAUUUUGAACCUUCACUUCCAGAUGAAGAUGACGUAGAAUAUACAAUACCCAAAGGACCACAAGAUUUCAAAUCAGCUUUGUCAAUAGGAGCUUUAUCUCAAGUCGUAAAGAUUUUAUUAAUAUUUCCUCGAGACGACCAACAGUUGGAAGUUUUGAGUACUGUUACAAGAAACUUAGGAUGGAGCGUAUCAAUAGCCAAAAAUGCAGAACAAGCCGUAGAAAUAUUUCAAAAUCGAUACCACGAAUUAAUAAUAAUCGACCGCCGAGGUCAUCGAGCACCCGAAGCCGAUACUAUUUGCCAAGCUAUACGUUCCACAAACUAUCAUCACAGUAGUGUAAUUUUGGCACUGGUUAAAAAAUCAUUUUUCACAACGACUGAUAAUGAAAAAAUUAUGACAUUAGAUCUCCUAAAUAUUGGCUAUAGUAGAGCAAUGAUGGAAUGUUCACAUGAUAUAAUGCUUAGCAAUCAAUUGAUCGGGAUCUACGUAAGUGAAAUUCAACCAAGACUGCAACUUGCAGCAGCACACGCUCUGUAUGUAGCCAUGGAUAGGUGUAAGGAUAUGGUACAUAUAACUGAUGAACACCAUAUAGUCCGAUUCGUUAAUAAAGCAAGUGAAAAAUUACUGGGCUACCAAUAUGAUGAAAUUUUAGGAAGCAAUCUCUCGGAAAUAAUAACACAUGAAAAUUUUGUAUUGAUGGAUCAACAACUGCAGCGUGGCAGAGAAUUUGAAGGUAAUAUGAAUUGCAAGAGAAAAUUUAAGGACACAAUCACAAUUAAUUGUAGAAUCAUCCCAUUCUGCGCUUCGGGAAAGCAACCUACUCAUUACGUUUACAUUCAUGAUACUAUGUAUUUAUUGGAAAAUAUGGGAAUGUCACAUACUGGACAAAAUCCUCGUGUUAGUUUACAUUCACUUCGUCGCGGAUCUUACGACCUUAAAUCAGUAGGCAGUGAUAUCGGAACUCAACGACGUUCAAGUUUACAAAAACUAAAUAAUUUACCGUUAGAAUCACCCAUCACUAAAGUGAUGACACUUUUAACAAAUGCCAUGACUGAAAUAAAUGCCGCAAAUCCUGAAAUAGCUACGCAGAUUGAUAGGGCAAUUGAAACUCUUAAAGCAACAGAACUUUACAGACCAUAUCUCAAAGAAGAUACUAGAAUUACUAAUGAUCCAGUUGCAUCAGAUUUAGUGGAAGCACUGUUAUCAAAACCAUCUCAUUAUAUUCGUGAUGGACGAAGAUCUUCGAAUGAUUCAAUGCGUAGUGUAACUAUGAAACUUGGAAAUUCAAUAAGCCAUCGAACGCAUACAAAAAACCUCCAAGGACCCAGAGAAAUUGAUAAAUUGCUAGAUCGCAGUCUUGAUUGGGAUUUUGAUAUUUUUAGCCUAGAAGUACUGACUGAACGAAGGCCACUGGUACAUUUGGGAAUGAAUUUAAUGUGUCGAUACAAUGUUCCUGCUAAAUUGAAUUGUGAUGAGACAAUUUUACGAAAUUGGCUUAGUGUAAUUGAAUAUAAAUAUCAUUUAGAUAAUAGUUAUCAUAAUUCGACUCAUGCAGCCGACGUCUUACAAGCAACGGCACGAUUUAUGCAGUCAGAACGACUUCAAAUGGUUUUAGAGCCUCUUGAUGAGGUCGCUGCCUUAAUUGCCGCUGCAGCGCACGAUGUCGACCACCCCGGUAAAUCAAGCCAAUUUUUAUGUAAUGCUGAUAAUAAAUUAGCAAUACUUUAUAACGAUAUAUCAGUACUUGAGUCUCAUCAUGCUGCAUUGACAUUCAAACUGACACUAUCUGAUGACAAUGUGAACAUUUUUAAAAAUUUAGAAAAAGAAACUUAUAAAAUCAUAAGACAAAAUAUUAUAGAUAUGAUUUUGGCAACAGAAAUGACAAAACAUUUUGAACAUUUGGCUAAAUUUGUCAAUAUUUGCAGUGGUACAGGUAGUGAUGAGUACUACUCUGACGGAAUUGACAUGGUAACGCUAUUGCAACCAGAAAAUGUGACGCUAGUAAAAAUAAUGAUGAUCAAAUGUGCUGAUGUGUCGAAUCCUACUCGUCCUCUACGAUGUUGUAUAGAAUGGGCUAAAAGAAUAGCCCAAGAGUAUUUUGAUCAGACUGAUGAAGAAAAGAAACAAAAAAUGCCGGUUGUAAUGCCAUUGUUCGAUCGCAAUACUUGUUCCAUUCCCAAAUCUCAAAUUGGAUUUGUUGAUUAUAUCAUCAAUGAUAUGAUUGAAGCAUGGGAUGCAUUCAUUGACAUGCCAGAAAUAGUAACACAUAUGAAACAAAAUUAUGAUAAGUGGAAAGAAUAUCAUGAAAAAGGAAUUUCCACAUUAAGUGAUAUAGAACGACUUCAAACGACACCAGAAUUGAAAAUACCUACUUUACGAUGAUAUAUUAUGUAAACAUAUUAUUCUAUAAAAUUUGUAUAAACUGUUUUAAUUAAAAACUAUACUUUGUUAAUUAAA